AUGGAAGAUCCAAUAGAUGUAUCCUUUUAUUUAGGAAAACACGCGGCUGAAACGAUUGGAAAUUUAGAUGUUCCCUUGAGUAAUGGACAAAUUGUUAGUAUUAACUUAGUAGAAGAAUUACCCGAUGAUAGUAAUGAAUUAAUCAGUUUCUUAGAAACAGAAAACUGUCCAAGGAAAUACUGGAUUUCAGUAGCUACAGCAUAUUCGCAACGAAACAAGUUGAAUGAAAGUUUGAAUGUUAUUAAGACUGCUAUGGGAUUAUCGCAGUUUAACAAUGAAGAUAAAUUGUCAUUUCAUACAUACUUAAGUUGGUUAUAUUUGAAAUUUGUCUCCAGCGGAGUAGAUAAGAAUGAAAACUUGGUUAAAGCUGGUGAGGAACUUAAUCAGGUUUCGAAUUUAGAUAGCACCAAAGGAGGUGUAUCAGUAUUGUUGGCAAAAGCUGUGCUAUACUUGUACAAGGAUCAAAUUGAACCUGCUUUGGACAUAUUCGAUAGGUUGUUGAAGAUCGAUAAUAAUAACUGUUUUGCUUUAUUAGGAAAAGCUCAAAUAAUCUUGAACAAAACAAAGAAUUAUGCGAAUGCGUUAAAAUUAUAUCAACAAGUUUUAAUUUUAAAUCCUUUAAUGAAGCCAGACCCAAGAAUCGGUAUUGGUUUAUGUUUUUGGUUCCUCAAGGAUGAGUCAAUGGCUUUAAGUUCAUGGAGGAGAGCAUUGGAACUUGAUCCAAAUAACUUGAAGGCCAAAGUUUUAUUAAAUUUGGCUAACUUCAACAUUAACUUCAAUAACUCAUUGGGUGAUGAAGAUUUCCAAUUAAAUUAUGAGAAAUGCUUAAAGCAAUUGGCUGAGAACUAUAAAGAGAAGUCUAAUGAUGCAAUCAUUUUAUUGACUCUAGCGUCCUACUAUUAUUCAAAGGAAGACUACUCCUUAGUCGAAAAGAUUAGUAAUAAAGUUAUUCACUCAAUUUCUGGUGCUUCAGCUUCGACUAAGUUAUACAACCCUUCUAAAGUCUCAAAAUUCCAAUCAAAUUUGUUAUCGCAAGCUGCUUUUUGGUUGGGAAGGGUUGCCUUUGCAAAAUCUGAUUUCAUGCAAUCACAGAAAUAUUUUCACGAAGCUAUUAAGUUGAAUGAAAAUAACUUGAUGGCCAAGCUAGGUUUGGGUCAAUCACAAAUCAACCGUGGUUCCACAGAAGAGGCAACCAUUACCUAUGAAUCUAUUUUAAAAACUAACCCAAAGUGCUUAGAAGUUAAUUAUUCUUUAGGUGUAUUAUAUUCGAAGCAUAAAAGCAAGAGAAAACAGGAACAGGGUAUAUCUAUGUUAGAAAGGUACUUGCGAUUAGCCAAGAAUAUAAGAGGAACUUCUACUACCAAGAAUGAAGAUGACCUGGAAUUUAUUAACCAAGAACCAGUUGCCUUGAACGCAUUUUUGAUAUUAAGUAAGUUAUAUGAAACUAAAGAUAUGAAUCAAUCCUUGACCUAUCUCAAUAAGGCUAUUGAAUCCAGGAAACAAAUUAACCAGGAUGCACCAUUAGAAGUAUAUAAUAAUAUUGGUGUUUUUAAUUUCAUUAAGCAUAAUUAUGAGGCUGCUUCAAAUAUUUUCCAGGCAACUUCUGAAAAAUUGAAGGCUUCUGAUGAUUUCAAAGAUGAAAAUGGUGAUGUUUUGAUGGACUUACGUAAUGAUUUAGAUGUAACGAUAUCUUUCAAUCUUGCUAGAUCUAAAGAGUUAUCAAAUGAAUCAGAAUCAAUUGAGAUUUAUGAAUCUUUACUCAAAGACUGUCCAAAUUAUUUCUCUGCAAAAUUGAGAUUAUUAUUUUUGGAUUGUGUCUCAACUAACAAAUCUACAAAAGAAGAAAUAAAACAAGAAGUAGAUAACUUAUUGAAUUUGAAUGCCUCAGAUUUGGAAAUUCGUUCAUUUUACGGUUGGUUUGUAAAGACUUUUGGUAAAAAGGUGGGUUUAAAGCCAGAUGCGGAUACCAAUCACCAAAAGGACACGUUGGUUGAAUACGAUUCUCAUGAUUGUUACGCAUUAUUGUCGUUGGCGAAUAUUUAUUGCAUUAUGGCGAGAGAUAUAAAAGGUCUGAGUCAAGAUGACAAGAAAAAGAAAUACUACAUCAGAGCGGUAGAAUUAUUCACCAAGGUAUUGUCGGUUGAUCCUCACAACGUGUAUGGUGCCCAAGGUUUAGCCAUCGUAUACAUUGAAAAUAAGGAAUCUAAUAAAGGUUUAGACAUUUUGAGAAAAAUUAGAGAUUCAUUAAAUGAUAUUUCAGUCUACCUCAAUUUGGGACAUGUCUUAUUAGACUUGAAACAAUAUUCCAAGGCCAUUGAAAAUUAUGAAAUCGCUUUAAUGAGAUUUGCAAAUAAUGACUCUAAAAUAUUAUCAUUCUUGGGUCGUGCUUGGCUCUCAAGAGGUCUUUCUGAAAAGAAUUUAAGUUAUUUGAAUAAUGCAUUAUCGUACUCUGAAAAGGCAUUACAAAAUUCUACUGGAGCGAAAUCUUCAUUAAGAUUCAACAUUGCUUAUAUUCAAUUCCAAAUUGCUGAAUUUAUUAGUAAGCUUCCUUUGGAACAAAGACUUGUUGAUGAAAUUAAGGAAGGAAUUGAUAAUUUGAACAGAGCUAUUGAGACCUUAAAUUCUUUAUCUUCAGAUGAUGAAAAGCAUCCACCAUAUCCAAAAUCCGAAUUAAAAGCUCGUGCUAAUUUGGGUACUAAUACAUUAUUGAAUAGAUUAAAUGCAUGUCUUGAUGAAACUGUUGCAAGUGUUACUAAAUCUGAAAUAAGAUUAAAGGAAGCAAAGGAAUUAAGAGAACAAGAGGCUGCACAGUUAUUACAGGAAGAAGAAGAUAGAAAAGCAAGGGAAAGACAAGUUGAAGAAGAGAGAGCGAAAGAAAGAGCUAAGUUGCAAGAGCAAGCUCAGCAAUGGGCAGAAGAAGCUAGAAUGAAUGUUGUUGUUGAUGAUGAAGAUGAUGACAAAUUGUUUAAUAAGGAAUCUGCUAUGGAAGAAAAAAAGAAGAGAAGUAAGAAGUCUUCUACAAAGGGCACCAAAGGAAAAAAGAAAGGAAAGAGGAAGAAUGUUGUUAGUGAUAGUGAGGAAGAUGCACCAUCUCCAUCAGAAGAUGAAUCUGAACCUGAAAACGAUUCAAAGAGAAAAAUUGAAGAAAAUGACAAUGAAGAAGAUGAAAUCAAGACAUCUAAGAAAAGAAAGGUAUCUAGAUUGUCGAAGGAAACUAUAGAUGAUAGUGACGAUGAAUUAGAUGAUGAUUUGUUUAAUGAAGAUGGUGAAGAACCAAAAGAAAAUGAUGAAUUACCUAACGAAGAUGCCGUGAAUGAAGAUCAGAAAGAAGAAUCCUUGACUGAUACCCAAAACGAAAUUCCCGCUCAAGAUGAACAAUAA